CGAUUGUCGGUCGUUCAGAGCUCUUCGAUGCUACUAAUCGAUUACAAAAAAAAAGUCGCCGACGUCGCUAUGUAAAUAUUCCGGAUAUAUGACGGUAUUUUGUGCGAGUUUUACUUUUAAAACCAUAUGCUGAAUUUUGUGUAUGCCAAACCCGAUGAAAACAAAUUCAAACAAGAUGGCGACGUCGAAGGAUUCCGACAAAAACAACAAUGUUCGAUCUCAGAAUGAUGGGGUUCGUGAGAUACACCCAUAUCCAGGAGCCACUAAAACAAAAGUUUGGGAGUAUUUUGGAUUCUACAAAUUGAAAGAGGGCCCUCCUACAAAAGUUAUUUUAGAUAUGUCGCAAGCGGUUUGCAGAUUAUGUCUGAAAAAAUAUUCCAACAAAGGUAAUACCACAAAUUUUAUGAAUCAUAUAGAGAAAGAUCAUGGUGACAAGAGGACAAAAUCAGAUACUAAAACACCGAUAUCACAAGCUUCAAUCAGUUCAUUUCUCAAUGUACCAACAGUGGGAAAAAUAUCCCCAGAAAGACAGGAACAAAUUGAUGAUGCACUCUGUAAAUUCAUAGCUGGAAAGGUGAUACCUGUCAGUGUUGUAGAUAAUCCACUAUUCCGGACAUUUGUUGAGUUGUUAGAUUCAUGAUACAAGGUUCCUUCUAGAAGUACAACAAUUAAAAGACUGGAGAAGAAGAAAAAUGACAUGGAAAAAAAAACUUAAAAAAGAUGUGUCCACUUCAUCUUUUGUAUCCAUAACACAUGAUUGUUGGACUAGUUUAAACACCCAGUCAUUCUUUACUACUACAGUCCAUUAUAUCAACCAUGAAUGGAAUCUCAAAAGCGCUGUUCUUGGAACAAUUCAACUGAAAGGUAGUCAUACGGCACAGAAUAUCAGUGAGGAAUUAAAGGCAACACACACAAAAUGGAAUCUUCCUCCAAAUCCUAUCGCAACCACUGACAAUGCAGCAAACGAACAGAAAGCAUUUGAAUUACUAAAUUGGGAUAGGUUUGGAUGCUAUGGGCAUCGCCUCAACCUUGUUGUGAAGCAUUCUCUGGACAUUCCUGAAGUUGGCAGACUAUUGGGUAAAGGAAGGAAAUUAGUGACAUUUUUCCACCAGUCUAGUAGUAGUACAGAUUUAUUUCAUGAGAAGCAGAAAUUGCUUUUUGAUGGCCAGACAACCAAGAACCUAAUUGGACACAAACUUAUUAACGACGUACCAACCAGAUGGAAUUCAACAUUGUAUAUGUUACAACGCUUGGUUGAACAGUUUCCUGUCAUGAUGGCUUUGGCUAAUGAUCCAGCAUUGUCAAAGCAGGCAAGCUCUACAUUCAAAAAUUGUGUAUUUUCCUUUGAAGAACAGAGCACAGCUGAGAACAUUGUGUCCUUACUGCAGCCAUUUGAAAAAGCCACAACCAUUGUAUGUGCAGAUAAGACACCCACUAUGCAUAAAAUUUUACCAAUCAUUAUCAAACUUUUAAAAAUCAUUGACCGCAAAGAAGAUGAUGAACCAAUUAUCAGAAAAAUGAAAGAAAAAAAGAACACUGAGCUGAACAAAACAGCAGUUUUUGAUAAAACAACAUUGAUGGGAAGUGUCAUGAAUCCAUUUACUAAAGACUUGGACUUUGCCCCAGAAUUGAGAGAACAAGCUUAUAGAUAUCUGCAAGAGGAGGCACAUGAGGUGUCAAAGACUGGAAUUCCUCUUAAGAUUAAGAUGGAAAAGAAUGAGGGUGAAUUUGAAACACUCGCUGAACCUCCUUUGCCAGCUCUACCAAUGCUACAAUCAGAACCAGAAGAAAUUGAGUCAGAGUCACAGACAGAUGAGCCUCAGAUCAAGAAGUUGAAGUCGGCAGAUACUGAAGACUGGUUGGCAGACAUCGUCUGCACUAGAGAAAGUCAGCCAAAUCCUGAACUAGCCUUAGAAAAUGAGAUCCAAAGAUACCUAGGGUGCAAGAUUCUUGAAAAAGAUCAGGGUCUGACCGUUCUUAAAUGGUGGCAAUCCCAUGAGCAAUUUUAUCCAAGAUUGAUGAAUACUGCUAAGAAAUACUUGUGUGUACCAGCUUCUUCAGUGUCUUCAGAGAGGGUGUUUAGUUUGUGUGGGAACAUUGUCAAAAAGAAGAGAUGUAGAUUAAGUACAAAUAAUAUUGAUAUGCUUGUGUUCCUAAACAGAAACAUUGAGUAUUGGUAGUUUGUAAACUAAACACCCUCUCUGAAGACACUGAAGAAGCAGGUACAGACAAGUAUUGUUUUUUAUGCAGUUAGAAGAAUUCUAGUCAGUGUUUUAGUGAUCAAUUUUUAGAGAUUAAAUAAAUAAGGAACUGCAUAUAUUAACUAUUAAAUCUAGUCACUUAAUCAUCUAGUCAUUUCACUCAUUUGCAUUUUCUUGAACUUUGGUUGUG